AUGGCAGCUAUCCCCCAUCCGAACCCGAACCCGAACCCGAAUUUCCUCUCACCCAUGCUCCAGCCUUACCUUGAACAGCAGCAACAAUUUCCACCCGACCCGCCGGAUGAAGAAACUGCCAAUGAAACCGCUAACGAAAGUCACAUGUCUUUUACGAAUAAUUCAAUUGUCUCAAAUCCGAAUUCGAAUCAGGGUUUGAUUGAUCGGUCGACGCCGGCACUCCUCCAUGUGUCGUUCAAUCAGGACUAUGGCUGCUUUGCUGCUGGCAUCGAUCGCGGGUUCCGUAUAUACAAUUGCGAUCCCUUUCGCGAGAUCUUUCGACGGGAUUUUGAUGGUAAUGGUGGAAUCGGGGCAGUUGAGAUGCUAUUCCGUUGUAAUAUCCUUGCCCUUGUCGGCGGUGGCGAUUCUCCUCAGUAUCCGCUUAAUAAGGUUAUGAUCUGGGAUGAUCAUCAGAGUCGGUGUAUCGGGGAGCUUUCGUUUAGGUCGGAGGUUCGUGGGGUUCGAUUGAGGAGGGACCGGAUUGUGGUCGUCCUUGAGCAGAAGAUAUUUGUGUAUAAUUUUGCGGAUUUGAAGCUGUUGCAUCAGAUUGAGACUAUUGCGAACCCUAAGGGGCUAUGUGCGGUGUCGCACGUGGCUGGAUCAUUUGUGUUGGUGUGUCCUGGGCUGCAGAAGGGACAAGUUAGGGUGGAGCAUUAUGCCUCGAAGAGGACUAAGUUUGUUAUGGCUCAUGAUUCGAGGAUUGCAUGCUUUACGCUAUCUCAAGAUGGGAAUUUACUUGCCACUGCCAGCACAAAGGGUACUCUGGUUCGAAUUUUCAAUACACAUGAUGGGACUUUAGUACAGGAGGUAAGGAGGGGAGCAGACAGAGCAGAAAUAUACAGCCUAGCGUUUUCACCUACUGCCCAUUGGCUUGCAGUUUCUAGUGAUAAGGGCACUGUUCAUGUUUUCAGCCUUAAGAUUAAUGCAGAAAACCUUGGAAAUGCUAGGUCAAGCAGUCCUCCAGGUUCAAAUUCUGCCGUGACUUCGCCAAGUUCAUCACUCUCUUUCAUUAAAGGAGUACUCCCCAAGUAUUUUAGCUCUGAAUGGUCAGUGGCUCAGUUUCGUUUAAUUGAAGGUUCUCAAUAUAUCGUUGCAUUUGGUCAUCAAAAGAACACGGUUGUAAUUCUUGGCUUGGAUGGAAGUUUUUAUAGGUGCAAAUUUGACCCAGCAACCGGUGGAGAGAUGACUCAGCUGGAAUAUCAUAAUUUCCUUAAGCCUGAUGAAAGCUAG